AUGAGAUUAUCCUUGGAGUUGGCUCUUGUGGCAGCCCUGUCGUCUGCUGCAGUGUCAUCUGCCUUUACGACGACGAGACCAAAUACUAUUACACCACUACUCAUCAGCAGCAGAAACAGGCAAUUUGUACCUUCCAAUGCUGCUCGCCUAUUCAAGACACAACGAUUGUAUGUGGGUGGAGCCACGGAAGAAUUUAAUCCCCAAGGAUUGGUACCACUCAAGAAAGAAACCAUGAUCACACCAGAGGGAUAUGGAUUCACGGCACCUGCCAAGCGCAUUCUCAGCCAAAAAUCAGGACCGGGGUAUUAUCGAGCUUCCAGCACCGAAGAUAUUAUGAGUGUCAUCCAGGUGAUUAGUGAUGGAGAGCAAGGCUGCAGUGAUGUGGCACUGGUGUUUGACGAUGAAACUGGUAAAAUUGUGGGACUCUUUACAGAAGCAGAUUUUAUCAAGUUUUCCACAGCCCGAGCAGAGCAGGCCCAAGAUGAAGAACAAGCAGCAACUUUUCUAGUGUCCAAAGUUAAGGAUUUUGUCACUCCUACAGCAGACUUAAUGUCCAUCAGUCCGGAAGAUACCGCCAAUGUUGCCAUUUCGGCAAUGAAAGCAUCAGGUAUUCGACAUUUGAUUGUGGCUGAUAAGGUAUCCAGUGACAAGAAACUACUCGAUGAGAGCAUGAUUGAAGGUGUCAUUUGUAUGCAGGAUGUCAUGUCCCUCAUCCACAAAGAUGAACGAUUGAGUAUGACUACCCUGGCACAAAAGUACCCGGGGUUGACCCCCGUGGAACAAAUGUAUGCAGAACUCAAAUCCGAGGCAAACGAUAAUGCCAACAAUGAAGAAACUGCCCGUAGGGAUGUCAUUGGUUUGGGGGCUAGUAUUCUGGGAGCGGUCUCCUUGGCAGCCUUCUUUUCGCAAUCACAGUGGCUUCACGAUAACGCAAGUGCUGCCAUGAUUGGAAUCUUUGUCUUGGGAUACAUUGGUAUCAUUUUUGAAGAAGUCUUUGAAUUCAACAAAGCAGCCGUGGCCCUUUUGAUGAGUACUGGAUUGUGGGUCACUUACGCGGACUACUUUAACAGUGACGGAAGUGCUUCUGCUGAAGUUGUGCAGCAACUGGGAGAACAGUUGGCAGAGGUCUCAGACAUUUGCUUCUUCCUCUUGGCUGCAUCUACCAUCGUUGAAGUAGUAGAUCUUCACGAAGGAUUCAAAGUGGUCACCAGCCAAAUCAAAACCACGUCCAAGAAGCAACUGUUUUGGACUAUCGGCAUCUUGACAUUCUUCUUGUCUGCAAUUCUGAAUAACCUGACCGUGACCAUUGUCAUGUGUUCGUUGCUGCGAAAGUUGGUCCCUGUGGAAGAAGAUCGCAAGUUGUUUGGUGCCAUGGUGGUCGUGGCAGCCAAUGCGGGCGGAGUAUGGACUCCGAUUGGAGAUGUCACUACAACGAUGCUCUGGAUCAAUGAUCAGUUGUCAACAGUUCCCACCGUUUUGGAGCUCUUCAUUCCGUCCGUGGUGUGUCUGAUUGGAUCCUUGGCAUUCUUGGUCCAACAAAUUGAAGAAGACGGAUCUCUAGAGGGCUCCAGCAUUGGAGACGAAACACCUUUGGCACCUCGCGGCAAGCUUGUGUUCUGGUCCGGCAUUGCAUCGCUUCUUUCCGUUCCCGUCUUUGCCGAGCUCACGGGCCUUCCACCCUACUUGGCCAUGUUGACUGGUUUGGGUGCCAUGUGGACCCUCACUGACGUGAUGCACAUGGGCGACGAAAAGGAGGGCGAAGGCUUACAAGUCCCAGCAGCUUUGGCCCGUUUGGAUACUUCCGGAAUUCUCUUUUUCUUGGGCAUUCUCAUGAGUAUUGGUGUGCUCGACAAGAGUGGUCUGUUGAAAGAGCUGGCGGUCUUUUUGAGCGACAACCUUCCCAGUUUGGAUAUUAUUGCAACAGUGAUUGGUAUUGCUUCUGCCUUGAUUGACAAUGUCCCACUUGUCGCUGCGACAAUGGGCAUGUAUGACUUGGCAGAUUAUGGAACGGACGAUCGCCUGUGGCAGUUGAUUGCCCUCUGCGCUGGUACUGGAGGAUCAAUUCUGGUGAUUGGGUCAGCUUCGGGUGUGGCUCUGAUGGGAUUGGAAAAAGUUGACUUUUUGUGGUACGCCAAGAAGGUCAGCAUUGGAGCUGCAGUAGGAUACUUUGCCGGCAUUGCCGCGUACCUUGCACAAGACGCUAUUCUCCAUGGUGGCAUUAGUCUACUGCCUCAGGCCGCCGUAGCAAUGGACAUGGCACAGCAGAGUGCUGGAUCGUUGGGAAUGUAA